AUGAGUUAUCACGACCGUCGCGACAGCGAUCCUAUCAAACCAAGCAUCCAUGAGAUGGAAACAUCGAGAUCAUGGCAACAAGUUCCCCAAAAUGAAGAAGACAUCACAUCAUACAACCCAUACAAAUCUCAAACACAAGACUUUGGCUAUUCAGCGUCUGCUUCGGCGCAGAGCGAAAACCACAAAGACAAUGAUGAUGGACAAAUGCCUCUGCGACAAGCCAUCAAGCUAUAUCCCAAGGUCGCAGGUUAUUGUCUGGCGAUGAGCAUUCCCAUUAUCGGAUGGGGUUAUGAUCUUGUCAUUGUCGGUGCCAUCGUCGGCACAGACAGCUUUCUGAAGGAUUACGGAGAAAUGAUCCAUGGCCAAAUGGACACUCCUGGUAACUGGUUGUCUCUAUGGCUAGGCCUUCCACCAGCCGGUGCAGCAAUUGGAUCGCUACUUGGAGGCUGGCUACAAAACAAAAUUGGGCGAAAGUUCACGCUCAUGAUGGGCACUCUUGUCUCUGCUGUUGCCAUCGCCUGCAUGUUCUUCUCCCACAUCCCCGAACCUCUAGACACAAAGCGCAUGCUUCUUACUGCUGGCCUGACUAUUCAAGGAUUUACUGUCGGUAUCAUCAGGGGUGUCUGUGUCACUUGGGUCUCUGAAAACACGCCUACAGCUUUACGUGGAUCAGCCAUGGCCUUGUUUCCCGUAUUCACCUUACUCGGUCAACUGAUCGGUCUACUCGUCACGCUUGCGAUCAACGGUAUUGAAGGCAAUUCCGGCUAUCUUGGAGCGUUUGGAUCGCAAUGGAUACUCGCUGUCGGACCUCUUAUUCUCUCUAUCCUCAUGCCUGAGAGUCCAGCGCAUCUUAUCAGAACGGGGCAGGAAGAGCGGGCUAUUAAAUCAGCAACUCGACUUUACGCGCCCAAGGUCAACCCUUACAGUCAACUUGAACGUAUCCGAGCUACCAUUGAGGAGGAGAAGGCCAACACUGCAUCUGCGACAUACUGGUCCUGCCUUCGUGGAACAAACCUCCGAAGAACUCUAAUUGUUGGCCUUGCUUCCAUCUUCCCCCCACUGUUUGGGAUGGAGCUUCUUUCCAACGCAAACCUGUUCCUCCGAAGUAUGGGCAUGGCGAGCACUCCAUCGCUGGUAUUCAUGGCUGCUGGUGUCGUUGCGGGAAUGUUUGGCAAUGCCAUUGGAUUCUGGCUUCUCUCACGCACUGGACGUCGCAACAUGAUUAUUCCUUCUAUGGCCAUAGCUGCAGGUCUCUGGGGAGCUAUGGGUAUUACUGGCUUUUGGUCCAGCGAGGCCCUUACCUGGGUCGCAGGCGGUAUCAUGAUGUCUGUCAUCAUAAUUUGCGGUUUGGGAGCCUGGCCCGCUGGUUUUGCUAUUGUAGGAGAAACCAGUUCUCUUCAACUCCGAUCUCUUACACAAGGACUGGCCAGCAUAGCUGAGAAGGGAUUCUCCAUCGCCUUGGCGAUUGUGUUGCCCAUGCUAUUCAGUCGAGACAAGGCAGCUCUUGGAGCCAAGACAGCCUUUGUGUUUUGUGGCACUUCUGUCAUUGGCGCUGUUCUGGCAUGGCUCUUUGUUCCAGAGAUGAAGGGGCGAAGCGCGAUAGAGAUUGACCAGAUGUUUGAGAUGCGACUGCCUGCGAGGGAAUUCAAAGGCUUGAAGCUGCAGGUUCACCAAGUUCAGGAAUCUGCGCCGCUGGCAAUGCAACAAGAAUAUGUAUGA